AUGGAAGAAAGUAAAAAACGCAAGUCUGAAGCAAGUAACGGAGACAAUGCCCAAAGAAAGUCGAAGCCAUGGCGCGUACCCAGGAAAGGCCAACCCAACUACGUCAACCCCACCAUAGAGCCAGGCGACUCCGGUAUUUGGGCCACAUGUGAGUUGGGCAAGGAAGGCAAAUCCACCGCAGAGCUACGAGAUCUGUUUGAAGAGUACGCAAAGAAGCUUUACGGCAGUCUGGAAGAGCAGGCAGAUGGAGAGGACAGCAAUGAGGAUGUGGAGGCGGAUAUUGAGGCUGAGAUUAAGAAAGAGGUUCAGGGAAUGAAGUCUAGAGUCACGAAGAAAGAGACAUUGUUUCAAUCCGUGAAAAUGGAUAUACAAUGCGUGCUCUUCUUCAAAACCCGCCCACCAGUCGAGCCUGUUUCCUUCGUACAUACGAUUUGCAAGGACGCCGCUGAGGGCGCUACACAACGAGCCCGAUUCGUCAAACGACUGUCACCAAUGGCUAUGAUGGGAAAGGCUACAGAGGACGGGCUGGCCAAAGUUGCGGAUGCAGUGCUGGGACCUGUGUUCCACGUUGAAGAGGAUGGGUUGAAGUUUGCGAUUCGGCCUACAAGGAGAAAUCAUAAUAUUAUGAAGAGGGAUGAUAUUAUAAAGCAGAUUGCAAAGGCUGUGGGAGGAGAUCAUAAGGUCGAUCUGAAAGGAUAUAAUCGUUUGAUUUUGGUCGAUGUCUACAGGAACAUCCUCGGUAUGAGUGUUGUUGGCAGCGAUUACGACGAGCUGAAGCAGUACAAUCUUGCAGAGAUUUAUGAUCCAACACCGAAGUUGAAAGCCAAGACGAGCAUUGGUGCAGCGCCCGAGGUGAAGGACAAAGAUGACAAGCCUCCUUCAGAUGUGGCGCCGAACGGGCAUGGGCCGAAGGAUGAUGUGAUACCUAUGGAGAAGAGCGAAGACGACAAGACCAGUCUCGAUUCCCAAAAGGCGGCGGACGAUGCCCACCUCACAGCUUUGUGA